AGGUUUCCUGUCGUGGGAUAAGGACAGCUGUCACGUAGAUUUAGAAAAAGAAUUACUUGCGUUGGUGGCACAAGCUCCCGAAGGAGAAGAAGCUAGAAAUGGCGAACGACUGAUCCAAUACGCUACCGAGAAUCUUGUUACGGAAGUACUGAUCCACCCGCAAACGAAUACAUUAUUACAAUGUAUCCGUAAUCUUUUGGCAAGUUUUACAAAACACCGGCAUAUUAUACACGGUGGCUAUACCUUCGGUGGAAAUGGUUCCUGGAUACUGCAAUCACGUUCAAAUGUCACGCAUCCAGGAUGGAACCUUCAGCCUUGCCGAUUUCCUCGAUGCAUUUAGUGAACACGAGGUGCAAAGAGUUCUUCGUGCAUACGAGAACAGCGUCACGGUGGACAUUCAUUGCGCGAGUGUCGGCGAUUGGACAACAAAUAGACUUUCCAAGGAAGCUUGCACUAGAUCCUGUCGAGUCAGAGUGAAUCCCGAUGACGUUCUCACUGCUGGAUUACCAGCAAUCACCAGUUUCACGAAUUACGUUGGACAGUAUCUCGUUGCCCAGACACUGGACCAACUUAUGGAGCCGUCCGACGUCGUAGGCAACAUAAGAUUUAGUCAUCCAACAUUGUACGUCUUCCCCGGUGGUCAAGGUGAUGCCGCGUUGUUCGGCAUAAACGGUUUUAACAUGUUGGUGGAUGGUGGUUUCGCCAGAAAGGCCUGUUUUUGGGACUUUACCAGACAUCUGGACCGUCUCGACGCGGUCUUAGUUACUAGAAUAAAUAAUAGCAAUGUCGGCGGUAUGUCUAGUGUUCUCCGCAAGAAAAAAGAGAUGCACGUCUACCCUCAAAUCGGACAUUUCUUCUGCAAUCUGAUCGAGAGAAGACAAUCCAAUUCUCCGGACGGGGACAAAGAUAUCGAUCCUCUGAUACUGAAUCUCACUGACAUUGGCCAAGAGAUGGUUGUCAAUCUGCGUCACAUCAGCCUGCGAGCGCAUCCGUGCUACAGAGACCCGGACCCGAUCAAUCUCUAUCACAAAGUGGGUCACGGCACGUUGGACAUGUAUGUGUUAAGCCCGAGCAAGGAUAGUCGCGAGGUUCGCGAGUUCCUGGCGAAAUGGCACACAUCCGACUCGAAACUGUUCGCUGGCGGCCAUAAGAAAGACUCGAACAAUCUAACCUUCCCGAUUCAGAAUCUAGUCUCGAUAUGCGCUUUGCUAGUUUGGCAGCCAGCGAAUCCCGAGGACACAAUCACGAGAAUACUGUUCCCUGGGAGCACGCCUCAGCACAAGAUCUUCGAAGGUUUCGAACGAUUGAAACACUUGGAGUUCCUAAAGCAUCCUGUCUGCUCUGCGAAGAGCCUCUCGCCGUCCGCGUCCUUAGCAACCUUACGAGACAAGCCUGCGAAGCAAAAAUUGAGCUUGAUCAGUGAAAAGGAAACCUCGAAGAAGAUAAGCACAGAGGCGAAGAAAGAGAAGAAAGAAUCGCCGGAGAUUAAAAUGAAAACGACCGACGAAACGCUCGCGAAGACGCCGAUCAUCCCGACGAAACCGCAAGCUGUUAAAGCCGAGACGAAAGCUAAGAAAGUGAUCGAGAACAAGAAGAUAGAGGUGGAGAAAGAGAGCAAGAAGGAGAAAGAGGCGAAAGAAGGGAAGAAGGAGGUUGCGAAGAAGGAUGCUGGGAAGGAGAAAUCGGAAAAGACGGAGGAGAAAUUGGAGAAACGCGAAGAGGAACAGAAGACAGAGAGGAUAAUUCCACCGGCGAAGGAAGCGAAGCCUAAAGAAACUAAAAAGAAAGAAGAGAAACAGAAGAGUGCUAAACCUCUAGGAAAGAUCGAAACGAGGCCGAAGGUGAUCGAGAAGAAAGUGAAACAGUCCCCUGUGGAGAAGAAGGAUGCUGGAAUGAUAGUGAAGUCUUCCCCGACGACGCCAAAGAAAACCAUCAACGGCGUGGCAACGAAGACAGAGAUCUCGAAGGUGAGCGCGAUGAAAGCGAAGACUCAGAAGGCAGCGAUUGAACCGGCAGCGAAAAGCACCAAGGACGCGAACAAUAGGAAGGUAGUGGAGCAGAAGAACAUUGAAAAAUCAGCUAUAAAGGACACGACUAGCGUGGUCAAGGUGUCGGCGAAACCUAAACCGAUGGACAGAAAACCGAUUGGUCGUCGAGGAAAGCCAGUCAGUCCCAGCAAAGUCAAAGUGUCUGGAAGCCCGGCGAAGUCUACUCGUAGCACGCCAACGACUUCCGUGAAAUCCGACAAAGACGGCGUGAUUCGCAAAGCGAAGAGCGACAAAGGUACAGCUGACUCGUCGACCGUGUCCACGCCGUCCGGAAUUGAGGCCGAAGCCGGCGCCAGACUUGUCGAAAAGAGUUUGAUAGAACAGUCGGAGGACAUUUCUUUAGACUCGAUCGAGAGUAAGGUGUUGGCUGACUUGAAAGAGGAACGGGAAGUCGUUGAAGAGAUCGAAGCGGUCCUUCAGAAAGCGGAACGUAUCGAAGAGACGAGGAAGGACGAUCGUUCCGAGGGUGACGACGAAAUAACCGCGGAACUCACUGACAAGAAGGAAGAAGACAUUACCGACGAUGAUAUAAUCGAGGCUGACAUGGAAGACGCGCUCAAGAGGGAACUUAUCGAUGAGUAUUUGAUCGUCGAGAAAGAGGAAGAUUACAUAGAGGACUCGACUCAGAGCGGCGAGGGUGAACAGAAGCAUAUUUUGGACGAGGCUGAGUCUGAAAAGGUGAAGAUGCUGAAGGAUAUGGAACAGGUGAAGGAGAAAGGUGCCGAGGAAGAGGUGGAGGAGAAAGAGAAGGACGAGAGCGUAGAGAAACGUGAGAAACAACUGGAGGAGAAAGAGGGAAUAUCCAAGGCCGAGGAAGAGAAAGCAGAGCCGAUUGAUUUGUCUUCGGAUCGUAGAGAGCAACUGGAAGAGGAGGUCAAAGAAAUAAUCGCCUCCGCGGCGGAAACGAUCCAACAAAAGCCAGAGGAGAAAGAUGAUUCUGGCAAGAAGGAUAGCGAAGAUAUUACCAAGGAACCGUCGAGUUUGAGUCCCGAUAAAUUGGACUCCUCCGAGAAGAAAACCACCGAUACCGACUUGAAACCUGAGGCUGACCAGAAAGAGCAAGUACCAGAGAAAUUGGAAGAAUCGCAAGAACGUAUCUCGACUUUGGAAUCCGGCGCCACGACAACGGCGCCGACACUUCCGGAGGACGAACGAAUACCGCUCGACGAGAUAAAGGAAGAUAUCGACGAGAAGCAUAUCAUCGAAGAAGUGAAAGAGAAAGAUGUUCCGAAGGUUAAGGAAGAGGUCGCUGCUGCUGCUUCGCGAAUCGUACCUCCCACGGUAACUACGAAACCGGACGUUCAAGUAUUCGACGUCCGUCAAGCAGUACCGUGUCUUCAACGUGAUAUUGUAAAGACACCGGAUGAAGUCGCUGAUUUGCCGGUCCACGAGGAGGUGGAUCCUAAAUUGUACAGGAUGGAGGACUUCGAGAAGGACAAGGAGGAGAAACCAAGUUUGGUACAAGCGCGAGAACCAGAGCAACAAGUGCCGGCGCAGGAGGUGAAGGAACCGCCAACUCCAACUGUCAAGGAGCAAAAAGGAGUUUUCAGCUUCUUCGGCAAGGUAGCCGAUAAAUUCGAAAAGGGUAUCGACAAGUUAACUAAAAAAUCCAAAAAGGACCAAGAGAAAGAUACCGACGACAAGUCUUCAUCGAAGUCCAGCUCUCCGAAAGAGGCGAAGGUGCAAGAGAAGACUGUGCUCGAAGAAGUCGAUGUCGAGAAGAUGUUCCCGAAGGUUGGUAAACUUAGCGAGAAGCUCCAGGAAGCAGUUCAGCCCGAGGCAAAAACCAAGAUAGAGGAUAUCGGCAAGAAAGAAAUCGAACGUGACGUAACUGCAGAACUUGAAGUCAAAGAUAAAGAAGCUAAACCAGCUGAAGAAGAAAUUGUAGAGGAAAAACCGAAAUCUCCAGUAUCGAAACCCAUUGAGGAAGAGAAAAUCGAACUGAAAGAAGAAAUAGUGAAACCAAGUGAAGCUCCGCCAAGUGUAGAUGUCGAGGUUGAAGAGAAGAAGGAGAAAUCACCAGAGAUCGACACCAAGGCUAAGAAGGAAAAAGAGCUUGUUGAAGAAGUGGAAGAAGACACGGAAGAGAUAAAAGCGUUGUUGGAAGAAGCCUCCAAGAAAUUUAAGACGGUAAAGGACAGCUUGAGAGAUUCUCUAGAAUCGUUAGAAGAGAAGAUCGCGGACGAAACGGCUGAUCUGGUCGUUCAGGACGUUCCUUCAGUAAAGGAUGUCGUUAAAGACACGCUGGAAGGCGUGGUGGAGAAAUUGGAAGCGAUCAAACCACAUAUCGAAACCGCGUCUUCCGAUAGCAAAGAGCCUGAAAAGGUGAAAUUCCAUAUACCGAAGGAAGAAGAUUUCGAGGACGAAGUGCCUACGAAGGACGUUAAGGAAGCUGUUCGAGAUGUUGGCGAGGUUCUUGCUGGGACAGCCGGUAUUGACAUCGAAGACAAACCCAAAGACGUUAUCGAAAUUGUGCGUAAGGUUGCCGAAGUUCUCAAGGAAGAUGAUUUCCUCUCGGACAAAACGUUGUUCGAGGAGCCAACUAAAAAGGAAGAAACUGCGUCGCCACCUAAACCCGUCAUCGAAGCUAAAUCGCCGCCUAAACCUGUCGCAGAGACCGUGUCACCACCUGAAGCCGUACUUGAAGCCAAAUCACCCGAAGAUAAAUCAGCCAAAAUUGAGGAUAAGAUUCCUGUUAUACCGACGAAAGUUGGAAUCACCGAGGAAAUUUCUCCUUAUCAGGAGGAGACCGAAGAACUCGUUGAAGUACAAGAAGAACCAUGCGUCAAAGUUGUCAAAGAAACGGCGGCGACUCCGUCUCUGAAAGAAGAGGAAGACAAGCGCGACGCUAAGGAAAUAUGCGAGGAAAUGUUGGAAGAAGACAUUGAGAAGAUUGUUCCUGAAACUGUAGCUGAGACGAGAGACGAUUCGAAGGUGGACGUAAUGGAAGCUGGAUUGGAAGAAGUCUGUGUGAAGGAAACUGUGAAAUUGCUGAUCGAAAAAGACGAGAAAACUCAGGCAACUAUAGAAGAGUCUGUGAUAGGUUUCGAGCAGAAGGUCUCUCCCGGCAAAGCGGAGAUUGUGAUGGUUUCGCCUGGCUCGACGCCAACUUCACCGAAAUUUGCUGCAGACAAAAUGCAGGAGAGUAAAGUGGACUUGAGCAAGGAAAUCGAAACCGGACUUAAAUUGCCCGCUGAAAUAAAAGCUAUUGUCGAUAAGGUAGAUCGUAUUGUGGAAGAGAUAAUUGAAGAACUUGUGAUUAAGAAGAAGAAAAUUACGAUUGAGAUUAUAGAGUAUAUAACGAUUGUUAAAGGUGUUCCAAAAGAGCGUGUAAUUUAUAUUAUUGAAGAGAUUAUUGUAAGGAAAGGCCUGUCGAAGGAAGAUGUUGUCGAUAACGUUGAUAUCUUAAAACUGGAAGAAUCUAUUACCCCGAAAUUGAAAAUGGAACUUGAGGAGUAUAUUAUCAAUGAGUAUGUGAAGAAAGGAAAAUGUAUAACUAUCGAAAUAGUCGAGGAAAUAUCGAUCAAAAAGAUCGUUCCGAAAGUGAUCAUAAUCCGUAUCGUCCAAGAAAUUAUCGUCAAAAAGUUAAUCGACGUUAAAACUGACGGUCUGUUUGAUGCACAACUGGAGCAGAUUGACACUGAAGAGAAGAAAGAGGAGGAAGAGAAAGAGAAGGAAGAUGAGAGAAAAGAAGAAGAAACAGAGGAGAAAGAGAUUCCAUCGAAAUUAGAUAAAAAGGAAGAAAAAUUAUCGCCAAUUGAAACUAUCGUGAAAUCAGAAUCGAAAUCUCCUGUGGAAAAAGAGAUCUCGGUGGAAAAAGAAACAAAAUCACCUAAAGAAGAAGAUCUACACAAAGAAAAACUUACCGUGGAAGAAGAAACCGUUUGUUUGCCAGCUGAAGAAGAAGAAGAAGGAGAAGAGGAAGAAGAUAUAGAAGAAGAUGGUUUCGUAAGUAUUAGAAAGUUUUCUAAAACAGAAAUACAGCUAGGCGACAAGGUAACAGCGCCAUCUGCCAAACCGGACACUCUAAAAGAAGCUAUAGACAAAAGACACGAGAAAGAUAUUGGCGACGACUUUGAGGCUGUUGAACAAGAAUAUAAAGUGCGUGACGUGACUGUUACUUCGCUGGAAGACACGUCUCGUGUUAUUUCACCAAAGUCAGACGAAUCAAGGGAGCGAGAAUACGCAGAAGAAGCUGUAGAAGAUGUGACCGUAAGCGAUGUUAUCGAGGCUGAUGAAAAAUUCGUUCACGAAACGAAAGAGAAAGCCGAGAAGAAAGAACUACCUCUCGAUGCAAAACCAGAUAAAUUGGAUAAAGAGAAAGUAGAAGUGAAAGUAACGGAAGCAACAGAGUCCAUUGAUACUAUAGAAAAGUACCUGGAUGAGGCUAAAGAGAAGAAGGAGCAGAAGAUUGACGAAGUAGCAGCGAAAGAAUCACCUGAAGAGAAAGUGGAUAUAACUACAGUGGAGAAAGAGAAGAGGAAACGUUCAAUCGACGAGUUGGAAAAAGAUACAGUACCCGAAGUUAGUACGAAAGAAGCAGAAAAGAUUGAAGAAAAGGAAGAAUUGAAACCAGCGGAGAAGAAGGAGGAAGUGAAGCCAAUAGAAAAGAAAGAAGAAGAGAAGCCGGCAGAAAAGAAAGAAGAAGAGAAACCGAUAGAGAAGAAAGAAGAAUCUAAACCUGUGGAAAAAUUGGCUGAACCAGAAUCUCCUGUUCAAAAAGAGGUCACUGAAGAAAUUAAACCUGUCGAAAUUACAGAAACAAAAGAGGAGAAGAGAGAAGAAAAACUGGAGGCAGAUAUCGUUGACGAGGAGAAGAAACCUGAAAUACUCGAGGUGGAACGUAAGAAGAGCGUUGAAGAAUUUAAGGAAGAAGCUAAGAAGGAUGAGAAAGUAUCUCCGGAAGUGGACAAGAUCGAAGUUGAAAAGAAGGUCGAGAAAGAAGAACCGUCUAAAGAAAUACCAGUUGCAGUGAAAGAAGAGAAGGUAGAAGAAGAGAAACAAGAGAAAUCACCUGAAGAGGAUACCUCAACUGUUCGAAGGAUGUUGGUCACAGCAAGCAGCGAAGAUGGCGGUCAAGAAACUGAGAUUUGCGCAGCCGGUACUAUCGCGUUUCAAAAAAUUGUUACACCUGACGAUUCUCUGAAGGAUGUAUCCGUCAAAUCAACACCUGACAAAGAUUCGUUGCUUCUAGAUAAGGACUCUCUGCACUCAGACAUCAGCACACCAGAGAAAGACAGUAUCUCUGACAAAUCACCAUCGAUGAAAGAUGUUGGAAAGGUAACUCCUGAAGACAGUUUGGAUAAAUCGCCAAUUGACAGGCGUGAUUCGCGCGAACUGGAAGACAGUUUAGAAAAAACGGUACCUGGUAAGCCAAAGGAAGCGGACAGCAGCACUUCUCCGUCUAUGAUAGAACCGGAAGUUCCAAAGUCUCCAAGUUUGCAAGAGCAGAAAGAAAUUCUUCAGGAUCUGGUUAAAACGGCCGGCGAAAAGGUGGAGAAAAUCGAACCUGCCGAGCCAUUUGCUGACAAAACAGAGAAAAAAGAAUUAGACACGAAACUGGUUGAAGAAGCAGUUGAAGAAGCUUCAGAGAAACCGACGUCGAUUUCAGAAAUAUUGGAAACUGACGCAGACAUUCGUAAGAAAAGUCUCGAUAUCACCGCGUCGAAAUCAGCCGAGUCUCUUCGAUCGGAGGACAUCUCCCCGGCAGAAACUAUUUUCGCGAAAUCGCCCACGGACAAACGAGAAGAACAAACGAAGAUCCCUGAUCUGAAAGAUGAGCCUGUAAAGUCGAUGCUUGAACUGUUUGAAUCUGAGAAGAAGAUUGGGAUGCCAGAAGAUUUGAAAGCAGAUGUGACUAAAGGAGUGACACAGGUUGACAGUAAAAUCGACGUGUCUGUAAGUGAAAAAGAAGACAAGAAAGAGCCUCCUGGUAUUUCACCGAAAAAAAGUCCUGAAGAGAGUCCUGAAAAAAGCCCUGCAAAGAGUCCUGAACUAAAAGAAAGAUCAAUUACUGAACCUACCAAAGCAGAAAAGGUAGAAUCAAUCACAGACCUUAAAUCAGCGGCUGAUCGAGACAAGUUAGAGGAAAAAGAUAAAUCUCCCUCUCCGGCCCUUAGUGACAAAGAUUUGCAGGAAAUAAGAGAGGAUGUUGCGCCCAGCGUUAAGUCGCAGGAUAUUACAUCUACCGACAUUAAACAGACUGACCUAGUUGUUAAGGAUAAAUCCCCAAUUGUAGAUACAGAUCAGAUAAAAUCAGAGCCACUAGAAACUGUUACAGAUGUGAAAUCUCCAACUUCAGAGAAAUCAAAAUCUCCCACUCCAAUAGAGAAGAUUGAAAAAUCUGAUGUCACUAUUGCGGUAAUAGAAAAGAAAAUCGAAGAAGAAUUAGAUAUUUCGAAACGUCCGGUUGAAGAGUCAGAAAAAGAAGUGUCACCGGAGAAACCAAAAACUCCAACCACAAGCCCCGUUCUCGAAAAGUUAUCAAAAGUGGAAGUUUCAGAAAUCCCUAGCGAGAAAGCAGGCUUGACAGACCUGGUAGAAUCAGAGGAGCCUUUAGCAUCAAAGCGACCUAGCAUUCCUAGUGAGCUACAUGAGUUUGACAUAAAGGAAACAGACAAAGCUAGAUCAUUCAGUAUAACGAGCGCUAUCGAAGAGCUUGAGACUAGAGAUCAUUUGAAAUCGCCAACUGAAAAGGCUGAAUUAUCCACCGAAACGGAUGAAACGAGAGAGAAAUCGAAAUCACCAAGCAUUUCAGGAGAAUCGAAGGAUUUGAAAGAAGUUGAAGAGAAGCUUGACAAAGUUACGUCACCUCGACACGUCGAUGCAGAAGCGAAAGAUGAGGCAAAAGAAACUCAGAAGUCUAGAUCUGCCAGUGUCGCCAGUGUAACAAGUGUUUUAACCGAACCAAAGGAUAAAUCUAAGUCCCCCAGCAUUGCUGGGGAGACUCCUGACUUGAAAGAAGUUGAAGCAAAGGAUGGCUCGGAUAAGUCCAAGUCUCCAAGUGUGACCAGUGAUAUACCCGACUUAAAGGACGUGGACGUCAAAGAAACAGAGAAAUCUAGAUCUCCCAGUGUAACAAGUGUUCCAGUCGAGGCAAAAGAGAUAUUGGAUAAAUCAAAGUCUCCUAGCGUAGUCGGUGAGACACCCGACUUGACAGAUGUUGAAGCUAAAGAGAUAAUAGAGAAGUCCAGGUCUCCCAGUGUCACAAGCAUACCAUCCGAAGGAAAAGAACCAUCGGAUAAAUCUAAAUUGCCUAGCAUCGCUGGCGAAGAAUCCGAUCUAAAGGAUCUUGAGCCGAAAGAUACUGAAAAGUUUAGGUCUCCAGUGGAAGCAAAAGAUACAUUGGAUAAAUCAAAAACACCAAGUGUUGUUAGCGAGACACCUGAUUUGAAGGAAGUUGAAGCAAAAGACAUUGAGAAAUCUCCCAGUGUAACGAGCAUUUCAGCAGAACCGAAAGAC